GUUGGUGACAACACUGUGGCCCUGUUCUGGGAUGACCGAGGUAUAAAGGAGCUGUGCAAUCAGUUGUCACUGAAAAUGUCUGACAGUCUGGAUAAUGAAGAGAAACCCCCAGCUCCCCCGCUGAGGAUGAACAGUAACAACCGAGAUUCUUCAGCACUCAACCACAGCUCCAAACCACUUCCCAUGGCCCCGGAAGAGAAGAAUAAGAAAGCCAGGCUUCGCUCUAUCUUCCCAGGAGGAGGGGAUAAAACCAAUAAGAAGAAGGAGAAAGAACGCCCAGAGAUCUCUCUUCCUUCAGACUUUGAACAUACGAUUCAUGUGGGGUUUGAUGCUGUCACCGGGGAGUUCACUAACUCCCCCUUCCAGACCUCUAGACCUGUGACGGUCGCUUCCAGUGAAUCAGAGGGAAAAAUGCCAGAUCUCUAUGGCUCACAGAUGUGCCCAGGGAAGCUCCCAGAGGGAAUCCCUGAGCAGUGGGCACGGUUACUCCAAACCUCCAACAUAACAAAACUGGAACAGAAGAAGAACCCACAAGCCGUCCUGGAUGUUCUCAAAUUCUACGAUUCCAAAGAAACGGUCAACAACCAGAAAUACAUGAGCUUUACAUCGGGAGAUAAAAGCGCACACGGAUACAUAGCAGCCCAUCCCUCGAGUACAAAAACAGCAUCAGAGCCUCCUUUGGCUCCUCCAGUGUCUGAAGAAGAAGAUGAAGAAGAGGAAGAAGAAGAAGACGACAACGAGCCCCCACCAGUUAUCGCACCGAGACCCGAGCAUACAAAAUCAAUCUACACUCGUUCUGUGCUGGAAUCCAUUGCUUCACCAGCAGCACCAAAUAAAGAGGUCGCACCACCUUCUGCUGAGAAUGCCAACUCCAGUACUUUGUACAGAAACACGGAUCGGCAAAGGAAAAAAUCUAAGAUGACAGACGAGGAGAUCCUAGAGAAGCUAAGAAGCAUUGUGAGUGUUGGUGACCCAAAGAAAAAAUACACAAGAUUUGAAAAAAUAGGUCAAGGGGCAUCAGGUACAGUGUACACAGCGCUGGACAUUGCCACUGGACAAGAGGUGGCCAUAAAGCAGAUGAACCUUCAACAGCAGCCCAAAAAGGAAUUAAUUAUUAAUGAAAUUCUGGUCAUGAGGGAAAAUAAGAACCCCAAUAUUGUUAAUUAUUUAGAUAGCUACUUAGUGGGUGAUGAACUAUGGGUAGUCAUGGAGUAUUUGGCUGGUGGCUCUCUGACUGAUGUGGUCACAGAGACCUGUAUGGAUGAAGGCCAGAUAGCAGCUGUCUGCAGAGAGUGCCUCCAAGCGCUGGACUUUUUACACUCAAACCAAGUGAUCCACAGAGACAUAAAGAGUGACAAUAUUCUUCUUGGGAUGGAUGGCUCUGUUAAAUUGACUGAUUUUGGGUUCUGUGCCCAGAUCACCCCUGAACAAAGUAAACGGAGCACUAUGGUGGGAACUCCAUACUGGAUGGCACCUGAGGUUGUAACUCGAAAAGCUUAUGGUCCGAAAGUUGAUAUCUGGUCUCUAGGGAUUAUGGCAAUUGAAAUGGUGGAAGGUGAACCCCCUUACCUUAAUGAAAAUCCACUCAGGGCAUUAUAUCUGAUAGCCACUAAUGGAACCCCAGAGCUCCAGAAUCCCGAGAGACUGUCAGCUGUGUUCCGUGACUUUUUAAAUCGUUGUCUUGAGAUGGAUGUGGACAGGCGAGGAUCUGCCAAGGAGCUUUUGCAGCAUCCAUUUUUAAAAUUAGCCAAGCCUCUCUCCAGCCUGACUCCUCUGAUUAUCGCUGCAAAAGAAGCAAUUAAGAACAGCAGCCGCUAGGACUGCGAGCCUUACCCCACACCAUCUCCCUCCUGAGUAAGACUGAACUGAAACUCUGCUGCAGGAAAAGAUGGAAGAAAAGACAGUCAACUGGGGUGGGGGGGGCGGGGAUCUUUAACUUUCAAAUGAAUAGAAACUUCUUAUAAGCCUUUUUCCUACUCCCUCAGAUUAUGUAAUUUAUUUGUAAGCCUGAAUUGCAGCCCGACCAGGGCAGCAAUGUCGAAGUGGCCGUCAAGUGGUCCCUUCUACCGUGAAGCGAAAGAGCCAGUAGUGAAUCCCUUCAUUUUGUGCAUUCACUUUGAAGAAAAAAAGGGUUUCUCAAAGAUGCACACUCCCUCUUCAUAGUGUUGUGUUCGUUUUUAAGUUAGAGAGUAGUCCCUCUUGCAUUCGAACCUCCUUCAAAACUCCUUACCUAAUGUGAUGUUUUUCACUCGCAUUGUCAUUAGAUGUUCAGG